AUGAAUUCCAACCGGUUUUCUCAGAGUAAUGAGAGGCUACGUGAAGAUGAGGAAGAUGAUGAAGAAGAUGAAGAAUAUGAUGCCCAGAGGAGAAGAAAUGCAACACAAAUUAUGAUGGAAGCAUCUAGCUGGUUCGCUACAAAUCCACUUCAGCAGCAACCUCAAUGGGGUGGUUCUAUUCCAGGCCGCGCUACCCGUCAUCGAUCUCGUGAGGUAGCUAAUGAAAAAUUAUUAAAUGAUUAUUUCGUAGCUGACCCUGUGUACCCUGUCGAAACUUUCAGACGAUGUUACAGAAUGAGACGUGAAGUUUCCUCCGCAUCCACUGCAUGCUCGGCUGAUUCCUUAGAUGAAUCAUUCCGUAUGCCUGAAUCCACCGCCAUUGAGAACCUUGGUCGAUUUUUUCAUACCAUUGUCACCAUUUAUCAAGAACGCUAUCUUCGGGCUCCUACAACAGAGGAUCUUGACAUGCUCCUACAAAGAGCCGAGCGACGAGGAUUUCCUGGAAUGAUCGGUUCGCUGGACUGCAUGCAUUGGCAGUGGAAGAACUGUCCAAUUGGGUGGCAGGGGAGCUUUAGCGGCAAAACAAGGAAACCAACUAUUGUUCUGGAAGCUGUGGCUGGUCCUGACACUUGGGUCUGGCAUGCUUUCUUCGGAAUCCCGGGGGCACAGAAUGACCUCACUGUUCUCGGACGUUCCCCACUAUUUGAUGCUGUCACAGCAGGUCAGUCACCACAACUUAACUAUCAUGUUAACGGGACUCCUUAUGAGUUUGGCUACUACCUUGCUGAUGGUAUUUACCCUAAGUGGGCGACAUUAGUGCAAUCUAUCAGACAACCUGAGAAUAAACAAGAGGAGUAUUUCUCCACUAAACAAGAGGCAUAUCGCAAAGAUGUUGAAAGGGCAUUUGGAAUUCUACAAGCAUGA